CUCAACAUCUUGCAAUUCCGAUUUCUUAUCGCCCUUUUGACUUUGCCUCACCAUCCCCCACGGUCACUACCUGUUCCUCCGUUUAUAUCUUCAAAUGUAUAUGUUUCAACCAUGUCUCUGAUAUAAUUACCCCACCCUUUGCUCUGUGUUUAUUCUCCUUUUUUAUUUUCAGAGCGUCAGCAUUCCUUGCCGCCGGACCCCGUUGCUAUCCACGGAACGAGAUAGGGUUUACAUUAGACAUGGCUCAGAUGCGUCAGCGAGAUGCGAUGUCUACCUCCAGCAUUCGUCCCCUCUCCGCAGAUUUCCUCCCCCGACCAAAAGAAGCCUCGAUGCUAUUCUCCAUACUUCCUUCGGCGGUUCAAUUCCGCCUCCCCCGCCUGCCUUCCAUCCGCCGUUCGGUCUCAAUGUACGGACUUGCUUCAAGACGCAAAUCAGCGGGCUCAAGACCAUCGACAGGUUCUUCGACAUCUUCUGGGACACGAACGCCGGAUGUAGGGUACACGUCUGCCAUGGUGUUGAGUGAAGGGAGAACGAUGAUGGCAGACGAGGACAUUGCGGGGUACUAUGUCGAGAGCGUCUCAACAAGUGAUGAUGAGGGAUUGCAGAGCAAGGCGGGCAAAGAGAGACAACCUCAGAGGAUGGAGCUGACGGAGGGUGCUAGUGGGAUUGGGUGGAAGUUUGCAAAUCAAGGCCUUAGUCUUUUGAGUCUGGCUGUGGACGAAUCCUCCACGAUCUCUCGAGAUCCUACUUUUGGAAACCCGAGCUUUGCGAGACAAGUCUAUAUACACUCUCUGGCAUACCUUCUCCGAGCCCUUCCAACAGAUCUCACGAUAGAGGAACGGAUGAGUGUUCGUGGCUCUUUACCAGAAGGUAUUGUGGAACCUCUACAUCUCGGCCUCAAUCCAUCCUACGCAUCCAAUACAUCUCCGCAAGGAGAACAAGAACCGUCUCUCCUCCAUCGAACACUAGCCUCUACUAUUAUUCAACUAUUUAUUUUUAUGCAAUUCAUUAUGCCCUACCUCAAAUACCUUCUCAGCACAGCAUACGCCUACGAUCGCGAACACAAGAUCUCUGAGAAGGUUCUGGCACAAAGUAUAGAGACUGUAGAUAGUCUUGGUAAAACAGGCCUGAAUCUCACAGGAGCAAUAUAUGGUAUGGGCGAUGGCAAAGUAGGACAGAUGAUUACAGAGACGGCAGCUUGGUUUGUAGAAGGUGUUACGGGAGGUAUUCACGAGGGUGUUGGAGAGGGUAUGGUUAUCAUGGGUGCAGCGCCGAGGAGAAGUCAGGUGCAGAGCUCGAGAAAGUGAUGUAUUUAUGAUUGAUGUGGUAAUGAUUAGAUGUAGACGAUGCUUGGUGCUUUAUGAUACCCUGAGAUAUGGUGGCGUUUUGCAUUUUUGGUAGCAUAGAUAGAACAUUUGGAAUUCAUCUCUCCCUUGGCC